UUCAAGAAUCCAAUAACACUACUUCUCAAGAAAGUAUAUUUAAUUAUAUACGAAGAUCACAUAACCAGUUCUUCUUUUGUUCUUUUCUUUCCUAAAAAGUUCUCAACAAUACUAUGACAUCCAAAGAUUUGCAUUAUAUAAUAAUGUACUCUAAAAACUGUUCAUGAUCAACCACAAUUCCAUUCACUUGAAAAAACAAACAAAAAAAUGCAGCAUUCUAGGCCAGAAUUACCAGUUAAUCGUCGCGAUCAAGAUCGCCCUGUAAGUCGACACCAUAGUGCUAGCUACUAUGCCCACUGGGUUAAAGAAAGUUUAACCACAAGAGUGUCAAAGCUCAUAUGUUCUAUAUUCUUAGGCCUUCUUGCAAUUGUUGGACUCAUCACAUUCAUUUUAUGGCUAAGUCUUCGUCCCCAUCGUCCACAUAUUUUCCUCAAUGACUUCUCUAUUCCUGCUUUAGGCCACGGAGAUGGUGGUGGUGGACCUGAAAAUGCACACAUAAGCUUCAGAGUUACAGCAAGGAAUUCAAAUCAAGGUAUUGGAAUCUACUAUGAUGCAAGUCAAGUGACGGUGUAUUAUCGAGAAAAGAGCGUUGGAGGGUACCAAGUGUCGACAACACUCUAUCAACAGCCUAAGAAUAGCACCCUGUUUGCUAGUACGCUUAGUGGGUCAUCAUUGACAUUGACAGAGUCACAGUGGAAGCAAAUGCUGCAUGAUCGGUCGAGGGGGGCAGUAAUUUUUCGUGUUGAAUUAGUUUCGACUAUAAGAUUUAAGAUUUCGUCGUGGAGCAGUAAACACCAUAGGUUUCAUGCUAAUUGUCCCGCUGGACUAGGACAAGAUGGCAAGCUGUUGCCUAUUUAUAUAGACAAGAGGUGUUCUUUUUAUUUCUAUUGAUGAAUUAGGAAGGGGAACAUUUAUUUAUGAUAUUUUCCAUUUGUUGUCCUAUUCUUAUCACAACAAUAACA